AUGGACACUCUCAAGGCGUUCCUACUCUCAAUCCCGGCCAUCUGCUUCCUCCUCGUACUCGUCCCCCCAAAGCGCGCCAACGAGAAGACUAGCAUCUACAAAGGCCAAUUUUUUGAGUAUGUCGUUCGCUUCUUGUCAUCCGCAGGGAGCGCCGUCGCUGUCGCUAUCACUUUAGGCCACGCGAUCACCAUCCUGGCUCUCCACCAAGACUUCGCCCUCACACGGCCUCUCGUUCCCUACACAUGCCCGGCCCCCCCUCCAUCGCUCGACGUCCUCGCCGCCUACACCCCAAGUUUCGUCCUCGGCAUCGUCCUAUCCGCCGCGGGGACCCUCGUCCGCCUCUCCGCCAUGCACCGCCUCGGCAGCCUCUUCACCUACGAGGUCGUCAUCAAGCCCGACCACGCGCUCGUCGCGAGCGGGCCCUACGCACACGUCCGCCACCCGGGCUACACCGGCGUCGCGCUCCUCCUCCUCGGCACCCACCUCGUCUUCUGGGACCCGGUCGCGGGCUACGUGCCCCGGUGCGGGCUCGCGGGCGCGCCGCUGCUCGUCGUCCCGCCGCUGGCGUCCGCGUUCGCCGUGUUCUCGCUGUACCGCCGGUGCGCGGUCGAAGACGCGCAGCUGCGGGCGCGCUUCGGCGAGGGGUGGGAGCGGUACAGGGACAGGGUGCCGUAUUGCAUGAUCCCACAUGUGUACUGA